AUGUGGCCCGUAUGGCUGAUCAUCGUUGUGGCGGUUGCAGCAGCCGCAGUCUGCACCAUCGCCGGCGUCUUGUUGGCCGUUCGGGUUGAACGUCGACGACAUCGCAACCUUCUUGGCAGUCAUCAUCUUGCAAGGCAUCUCACAGCAUAUCAUCGACCGAAUCUCAACGCAAAUGAUAAAAAUUAUUCUGAUGUUACUCUACCUGACAAGAAUCUCAGCCUCGUACAGAUGCCGUAUGGUAUCGUAUCCAUUGGCAGCAGUAGAGAUCUCACGACUGAGGACGAAGGGGAUGACCAGGCAAGAUCGCGAGCGUUGCAUGAUCCUGAUAGAAUGCUUCUGGUCCGGAACGAUAAGAGAGGCAUCAAACGGUCGUUCAUAGGGCAUUCACUGGUUAUACCCAAAACACGGAGACAGAAGUGCAUACAAAAAGUCAUGCCAUGCGAAACGGCACAGAACUCGCCCCUCUCGGCUAUCAUCGAGCUUACGGAUUCAGAACACUCCCCUCCUCUCGUGACAGAAAUUGCAGAUGAAGCUUGUUCAUUCAAUGUCAUUCGAAAACCAGAAAGACAGCUCUCUAUUCAAUGGCCUCUGACCGGUUCGAAGGGCCGACCUGAUGCUGCUCCGACCGAAGUUCUUUCAAUGGCUGCACGCGCCAGCAUGCUAAUGAGGAUGGGUGGGCGAAAUACUGCUUCAGGUCAUUCUGGACCUCACCCACUCAUCAGGGUAGUCAAUAGCAGUAAUCCUUCAUCGCCCACAGAGCAUACGAGGUCUGCGAAAGUAACCAGCGUUGCCCACAACCGCGAGCUACUUCAAGGUCCAAGAUACGAAUAUUCGCAUGAUGACACCGAAUCCGCCACCAGCUUUGAACCCGAGAGGCACAUAUUCUGUGAUGGUGAACACCAACGCCUUCCCGGUUGCGACUUCGGACUUGACCCCAGAUCCAAGAGCCCAGCGCCGCGACUCCAAUCUAAACCAGGACGAGCUACAGUUGAUACACUGCGGGCUGUCAAGCCAAGUCUUCAUUCAAUUCAUGCAAGCUUUGACAUGAUUGAUACAAGUCCUCACAACAGUGAAGAGAAUCCUGUUUCCCGAUCUGUUCCGGCCGUCAUCAUUCGGGAAGACUCCUUCAAGACUAUUGAUGCGAGCCACUGGGAUAGUCCUGUGAAGCUCAAAGUGCUUAAAACACGCGCGGGAUGGAGCGCUAGGCGCUGCAUGAUUGAACCUUCCAGAGCCACGCAAUGGCGUGCGGCAAGUGACUCACUCGUAUCGAACAAUGAAAGAGAGGAUACCAUCAGUGAAUUGAGGAGGCCGGCUUCGGUCGCGACAGCAAAUCCUUUGCAAUGGGAUUUGCGAGGUGAAUUUGCAAAGGCCCGGGAGUCUUUCUCACCUCUGGAGAGCCCCAAGAAGGGACACAAACGCCAACACUGCGUCCGAAUUACUAAUCUUCCAGUUCCGACUCCCAAAUCGAAACGGAUCAACAACCUGCCAGAAGUGCUGGAAGACCAGCCCCUUCGAGCAGAACGGCAACUUCAUCAUUCCGUUUCAGGUUUUCAAUCACGGCCGACAAUCAAGAUGGACGAAGAGGCAUUCAUGUUUGACUCUUCACCGAGAUCUGUCCCCAUACAAUCACCAUUUCAUAAUCUGCCGAUUCUAACGCCGACCCUCGUCCGAGCGCCACGAAAACAAUACAUACAGUCUCCAGCCAUCAUGACAUUGGAUAUGCCACGCCCUGAUUCCGACAUAUUCGGUAAUAUCCCGAGUGACUACUCGGUCAAACACCCAUCACCGCCGCAAAUGCCGCUUUCGCCCAGUGCGCGGCAUGACAUCCGCCUCAAUAGCACGCCUCCGUCCGAACACAAUCUACCUCAGCCGUUUGACUCGCCUAUUCUGCCAUCUCCAGCUCUGAAGAGCUCAGCAUUGUAUCCACGCAAGUCACUGGUCAAAGGUCCACGUGGCCAUUGUACAGCAGGGAUAGGGAAUCUUGAGCUCUCACAAGGUGAGAGUCCAUUGCAGCACAAGACCCCGACUGGACACAUUUAUACAAGCAAAGAACAUCUCAAAUCCGGGGAGCUCGAUCUCCGCAGAUCGGUCAUGCUCAUGCGAAGUUUGAAUUCGGAGAAUAGACUUGAUAGCUACACCAGUUUCAGAUCUCGGCCAUGUCACAAGGACGGCGUCGGUCAACAUAUGCAUUCCGGAUUAUGUAGGUCAAGCUGUGCAUCUAGCAUGCUGACAAUAUCACCCAUCCUUGAAAAGACGAUGCCUGGGACGAAAUCGACACACGAAUCUGCACCACCAGUGUCGACCACCUCGGCUCGUUCUCGACAACCCUCGAAUUCUCCAUCAAACAUGUCCACGGGCGCAGGUUCGAUCUGGGAAGACGACAGCGUAGGUGGCGGUGACAUAGAUUGGGCCGGCGACUCAAAUCCAGAAGAUACACCGACGUCCACACUUGUCGGUGGUGGCACACAUUUAGGGCUGCGACCAUUUCCUCAACAUGCUCCUCUGCGACCACGGCCGAACAACGAGGCAAGAGAUUGCAAUAAGCAGCAUUUCCAAUACCGCCGUUAUGACGUGCAGAAUUCGCCACCGCCACUCCUCGGUCCACGUAAAUUUGAAGGUCCAGAAUCAUUAUGGGAAGUCCAAACAGAAACAAAACGACAAUUUUCGACGACUCGGUCACGCGCGCCUCCGCCGUCGAUGGACAGUGGACUACCAAAGUGGCAUGGACGUGGACAUGGAAGUAGACGUGUCUAUGGGGAAAUGGAUUCCCACGAUCAUUUGGAGACUGUAGAUGCGAGUGCGGGAGACGUGCGUGGUAGUUAUCCUUCGCCGCUUGUGAGGAAUUUGGAAAGGGCUGUGAGUAGUGGACGAUGGGAUACUAGAAAUGCCCGUACCCGUCAUAUUCGAGAAGGGGUUGAGAGUGAUAUCAACGGUGUCAGAAGUGGAAGCUCAUCAAGAGGUCGUGCAUAUACACCGACAUCUCAGAAAGAAUCAUCUGACGUAUCAAGUCAAGGGUUGGGCUUGGGAUUGGGGUUGAGGGUUGGUAAUAGACCAUUGCGAUUGUAG